AUGUACGCAUUCCCAAAAUAAAAGUUAUCAACGCCUAUGCUCCAAGAGUCCAAAAUUUUUCCUCCGGCAAAGAUAAAAUGCGUCUCCAUAUUAUCUCAUCAAUUAGUUCUUGAUUAUAAUCUGAGAAUCUCUACACGAAACCAUUUUCCCAAAAUUAUAAAUUCUAACCUCAAAAUAUCGACAGUGUAAAAAAACUGUGUAGUGUAAUAACAAUUAUUCAUCAUCCACAUACGUCUGAAUGACUACACCAUUUUAAUAAUAAACCUCUAUAUAUAACUCUAAUUUCAUACCUUAAUUCAAAAACGUCAAAAGCAUAUUUAACUCGCCACUCUGAACUCUGGUCUAUACUAAUUUCGAAAAGGGAAAAAACCCUCGAAGAUGCCUCCUUCCCAGGAUCAAAUCAUUGACAUUUGCACUGUUUUGUCCGAGCAAGAACAACUUAAUGUUACAGUGAAAGAAGCAGGCAAGGGAUUUUUGAUUGCAGGUACUGGAGCAGCUGUAGGAACACUUCUCGGCGGCCCUGCAGGAUUGUUUAUUGGGGGUACUAUAGGGAGUGCAGUAGCUGCCUAUAAUUGUAGAGACAAAUGUAAAUCGGUGGUUGAUAUAAUAAGGUAUGAUAUGACUCCAGACCAACAAAGGAGGUUAGCUGAGAAUGUGAAAGUAGCACUACAAAGUUUCACAGCGGAAGAUUUACUCAUUGUGCUACCUAUGGUAAUCAAUUCUGAUCCUAUAAAAGCUGCAGUGGUUAAAGAAAUAGUGAGGUUCCUAACAAGUGAAAUGGGAAUGGCUGUAUCAUACACUUAAUUAAAAUUAGAAAAUAUUUUUGUAAUUACCUUUUUGCAACUAAUUGUUGAAAUUGGUUGAAUAGAAAUGCUCACUCCCAAUAAUUUUAUUCGUUUGCACAAAUAUGUGAUUCAUAUAAAAAUGAUAGUGAAAUUCUAUUAACUCUACUCUACUUGUCCUUCGUUAUUUCAGGAAUUGAAAGUAUAAUAAUUUGUCAUUUUUGUUCAUAAUAAUUCAUUGUGAUAGGAUUGUGAUAUUUUCAAUAAAUUGUUAAAAUCA